GUAUAUAUAUUUAAGAUUAUGCAUUAAAAUAUUUAUGUUAUGAAAAAGAAAAAUUAUGAAUAAUACAAGAAAAAAUACAGAAGAUAUGGAUGAUGUGUCCUUGUCAAAACAACCUACAAAUACUUUCCAGAGUAGGUUAUAAAACUACUUUUAGUAACUUGAAGAAAUCAGAAUUUUUCAAGGAUUUUUCAACUUCCAAGCCUGAAACUUCUAUUGCAACACUUUCAAGCAGAACCAACACUGUCCUCGUAAAUCCAAAACAGAAAGGUAAUCCGUUACUGAAGUUUAUAACAAACAUACUGUGGGAAUAUUCCGACAUUGUGCCAGAUUAUGUAAUGGGAAAAACUACAUGUGCUCUUUUCUUAUCAAUUCGUUAUCAUCAAUUGAAUCCUGAUUAUAUUCAUGAAAGACUUAAGUUGUUGGGUAAUGCUUAUAACUUGCGAGUGCUCUUGGUACAGAUUGAUGUCGCCGAUCCUCAUCAUGCUUUAAAACAUCUGACAAGGAUUUCCAUUUUGGCAGAUAUGACAAUAAUGUUAGCAUGGAAUGCAGAAGAUGCAGGAAAAAUUAUUGAAACUUACAAAAUAUAUGAAAGUAAACCCCCUGAUGAUAUCAUGGAACGCAGCGAUACAGCCCCUCAUCAAAAAUUGGUUAAUGCUUUAGCAACAAUAAGAUCUGUCAACAAAACCGAUGCUACAACUCUUUUAACAACUUUUGGUACAUUAGCUGACGUUGUAAGAGCACAACCCAAUACUCUGGCCUUGUGUCCUGGAUUCGGUUUACACAAAGCUCAAAAGCUUUACAAGGUUUUGCAUGAAUCUUUUUUACGUACAGUAAAUCUUUAUAAAACAUAGGAAAAUAGAAUUUUUCAAUAGAUGUAUAUAGAUGUAUUAAAAUGCUUUACAAUUGUUGUAUUAGAAUAAAAUAAUUAAAUAAAACCACAAAGGCAUACACAUACAUA